AUGCGGCACAUUGUGUAUUUCUCUGCCCUUGUGGCAACAAUCAUUGCACCUCCUGUUUCUGCUAUACAAGUUGCCAACUUUCCAGUGACAAAAGAUCUAGCCGAAUCAUACGGCUGUGGGGAGGACUGUCAGAAAGUUCUUAAUAAGACCUUGGCCAUUGACAUCUCUACUGUUGGAAGAGACUUUGAUGUCGACUUCUACAGUACGGCUGCCAACUUUACCCAUUCGAAAGCCGGCGACCUGCUGAAACUGACGCCCUUGGAUCCCAAUUCACUGGAUGACAGGGCUGGGACAACGGUAUAUCGCAUGCAAUAUUCUUCCAAGGAUCUGGACGGCUCGACUGUCCCCGCGACAGGAUUCAUCGCCUUUCCAUACACCGCAUCAUUCAAGCAGCGCGGCGGUGACACCCGCCACCAUGAUAAAUACAGGGUCGUCGCCGUCGCCCACGGUACGAUUGGCACCCAAUAUGGCUGCGCGCCGUCCAACGGACCAGGUCUAUUCGACUAUGACACUUGGAAACCAUUACUGGAACGAGGCUACGCUGUGGUUGCCACAGAUUAUGCCGGCCUUGGAAACAACUACACAUCUCACAAAUACCUUAGCUUCAGAGCUCAAGCCAGCGAUCUAUAUUACUCAGUAGUCGCAGCGCGUCAAGCAUUCGGCGGAAGCCUCACCAAAGAUUGGAUGAGCAUUGGCUAUUCCUACGGCGGUGGCGCCGCGUGGAAACUCGCCGAAAGCCAGUACGUCAAGAACGACGAGAACUAUCUGGGAACCGUGGCAGUCGGGCCAGUGAUAUCUCUCGACAUGGUGUUGGAUAAGAAUGCGAAACGAGACAUGCUGAGCCAUUUGCCAUUGGUGGCACCGGCAAUAAAGGCGGCAAUCCCUUCAUACAAGGAAAAUAUGCUGUCCGACAAGAUGCGAAAACGGAUGGAGCUUGCAAACAAGGCCCAGGUAUGUGCUUUGAGUGUCCUUGGACUGUCUCUAGACUUGGCCUUGGAGGAUAUAUACUCCAAAGAAGGGCUCGAGAAGGACAAACCAGUCCUUCUGCAGUGGGUUAAGGAUAAUUCCCCAGCUCAGGGCGAUAAGUCCCCGGCACCGAUUCUUUUAAUUCAAGGCCUGAACGACACCACCGCUCCACUCGAAGUUACUGAGAGAGCUUGGAGGAAUACUUGUGCUAGCGGAAGUGAAGUUCACUUGAGUCUUUAUUCAGGCAUGGAUCAUUCGCCAGCGGCGUCUGCAGGCGGACCCGAGUUUAUGAGUUGGAUUGACGAUCAGUUUUUGAAGGCCAAGGGCGGCAAAUCAAACUGCACUAGAGUCACGAGAGAGCCAUUUGACGCCAAGUAUGUAAAGGCGCCGCCUGAGGUGAGCUGGUGA